AUGGAGGGAGACCAAAGUGGAGGUGGUGAGGAAGACUCUGACUUCUCUCAAUCGGAUCUUGAUAUGGCCUCUGAGGAAGACGAUAUGCUGUAUGAUCUUAAUGUGAUAGACGGUAUUGAAUUUGGUAUGGACAACAACAUAGUAGGACAAGGUGAAGCAGUAGUGCUUCGAGGGGAAAUGGAUGAGGCCAACACAUUUGAUGACUUGGAGUAUCCAUCCUCCGAAGAGCUAAUGCUGGAAUGUUCAUCAGACGAAGAGGUUGGUCAUCGCUUCCCUGAAUUCUUUGCUGAGACGGAUAUGAGAAAUCCGAAGUUAGAGGUUGGACAACUAUUUCGAUCAAUGCAAGAGUUUAGAUGCGCGGUGAGAAGUUACGGUGCUCUAAACGGAUAUAAUGUGAAGUUGAGGUGUAAUGAUAGGAAAAGAGCUCGAGGAGUUUGCAAACCGGGGUGCUCUUGGAGGAUUUGGGCUUCGAAGUUGAACGAGACUGAGACGGUGCAAGUGAAGUCUUACACGCAAGAACACACAUGCACACGGAGUAAAAACAACAGACAUUGCAACUACAUUUUCUUGACACAUCGAUAUAUUGAACAAUUUAAAGUAGAUCCUAAUUGGAAGACAAAGUCCAUUUUGGCGACUGUAAGGAAUGAUCUGAAGACGGAAAUAAGUAGAAAUGUUGCUUGUAAGAUAAGGCAAUAUGCGAAGGAGAUCCUGUUCGGUACCUUGCAGGAGCAAUUUGGCCUAUUGAGGAGAUAUGCUGCAGAAGUUUAUAGAACAAACCCAAGAUCUUCUGUAUUCAUCACCCUGAAUGAGCAAGUAUUCAAGGGAAUAUAUAUAUGCUUUAGUGCCUGCAAAGCCGGGUUUAGGGAUGGUUGUAGGAAAGUGAUUGGUGUUGAUGGGUGCCAUUUGCGGGGUUGUUUUGGUGGUAUUAUGUUAACGGCAGUUGGACAGGAUGCUAAUAACUGUAUUUACCCAGUGGCGUAUGCCGUCGUCGAAAAAGAGAAUACGGAGGUGUGGAGAUGGUUCAUGAAGUCUCUGGCUGAGGAUAUUCAAAUGGAAAAUGGAUGCGGGUGGACAUUGAUGACUGAUAAGCAAAAGGGGCUUCAGAACAUAUGUGAUGAAUUGUUCCCGAAGGCAGAACAUCGAUUGUGUGCGACAUCUGUACACAAAUUUUUUCAAUGCGGGAUUCAAGAGCAAAAUUCUUAA